UGAGUAUUGUUCAGCGCCAGACAUGAUCUCCAGCAGGACCACUUGCGCCCUGCGCUUGUCCUCGCGAGCAUCUGGUGCAGCGCGUGCACGCGUCACCCCUGCCACGCAAACCAGCAGGCACAGGCAGCUGCGCUUGCAUACCUCCAGCCUGCUCGGAUUUAUUUUUGGUAAUGGCAGUGGAUCCAUGGCCGCGCAGUCUAGCAAAAGCAGUAAGGGCUGGGCUCCGCGCAAUGCCGACACACCCCGCAAGGUCUCCCGCUCCGGCUACGACGUUACGCCAUUAAGCGACGAGGAGCGCCGUGCCGCUGCCGAAGGCCUUACUCCCUUCCAAAAGCACGUUACACUGGAGCACGGCACCGAACGCGCCUUCACGGGCAGCACGGUCAACGGUUAUUCCCACGACAACAAGCAGCGAGGGGUGUACGUUAGCGCCCUUGGCGGCUUACCGCUGUUCUCGAGCGACACAAAGUUCAAUUCCGGCACGGGCUGGCCGUCCUUCUUCGCCCCCCUUGACCCGGAUCACAUCAUCGAGGUGCCGGACUACUCCAUUCCCUACAUGCCGCGGAUCGAGGUGCUGGAUGCACGCAGCGGAGCGCACCUAGGCCACGUAUUUGAUGAUGGGCCUGCGCCGACGGGGAAGCGGUACUGCAUCAACGCGGCAGCGCUCAAAUUCAUUCCUGCUGGAGAGGAGAUACCACCGGAGAGCCGGCCUCUGUAGGCGCUUGAAGGAAAGAAUGCAAACGAGCGGUCGUUGUCAUAAUGCACUUGGCGAGGGCGGAGUGAAAAAGAUGAGGACGCGUAUUCUGGGCUCUGUGGCAAGGACGUUAGCGCGCGGGGCGCGUAGGGAUAGUAAGAGAGGGGACAAGAGAGAGGAGUAGCAUUGCGUUUCGGAGGGUUAGAGUGAGGUGUAACUGCUGGAUGGCUUAUAUAUUUUAUUAUAUGCUUUUAUUGGUAUCUGUAUUACAGCUCGGGAGCACUGUUCGUCUAUGCGGCAAUGGGGAGCGGAACUUAGCUCCGAAGCGAGAUUCGGAGCUCCCACGGCAAGGCCAACCGUCGCAGGGACAAACAGGGUCUUUUGGGCGGAAACCUUAAAACCUUGCGAUUAUAACAACUCGGCAAGAUUGUUUGUCUAGUAGGCAGAACUUCACUGACUUGUAUAAUGCCGCCGGGAACGAUAAAUCGGCCCAAGUCAAAGGCGCUCAAAGUGCGCCGCGAGAAGAUUCGCACGAAGAAGAAGCUGAGCUCAGCGACAGAGAAGCAUAAAAAACAGGUAGCCUUGUUAAAGGCAAGGAACCCAAAGCGCGAACGCAAGCUUGCCAAAAGAAGAGCUGCCUUGGAGCGGGCUGCUGCUGCCGAUGGCCAAGAGCAGCUGGAGGCCAUGGUAGACGUCAAGCCGACCAAGCCCAAAAAAGCGCAGCGCAAGUCCGCGCCUGACGGUGACACCGAUAUGCAAUAACAGUGCGGUUGGAGCACGUGCUCAGCGUUACAGGGCCUCCGCCACGGCAGACGUAGGCAGGUGUACGGUCUACACUUCUAAUGCUCACAUACAUACACACACAUAGGCUGGGGUGGAGCCGGUGGAGCGUGGGUCUGGCACGCUAAGAGCCAUGACGUACUGGACGUAAUGACGGGAUGAACAACAGAAUGAACAACAGACAGGGGCCAUUUCUUCACCAACCACGAACAAUUUGUAACUCAAUGAGCCUUGGG